UAAUCUAUCAGUCUCAUACCUCGAAUGCGAAGACAGAGGCAAACACGGCGGCCAAGCGCAAGAGCCUCAUCGUUGUGGGUUGUCUUGUUGCGUUCAGCUGUCGUCACUUGGGCACUUUUCCAAUUUCAGGUUCAGCGACUCUCUCUAUACUCAUGUCUGCUCUACUCUGCUCUCUGCUCUAUUCUCUGACUUCUUCGCUAGCUUAGCUGUGGAUGCCGCGUGCUCUCAAUCAGGGCUGUCUUCAAUGUAAAGCCCGUCACCUGAAAUGCGACGAAGCCAUCCCCUCUUGCACUCACUGUGUCAAAUCGCAUCGAGGCUGUCGAUAUGCUGAUCCUGACAUGACCAAAGUACAGUUGCCUCUACUAGAAAAUCGUCAGCAGCUCCUACUACUGCUCAAAGAAUGGGUGGAAGAUACAUCUCGCAUCAUGGAUCCUGUAGAUGACCAGGCCACCUUUGCCCACCACGUCAGUAAGCUGGCCCUGACGAGUGGCCCUGUGCUGUAUGCUAUUUGCGCCGUUGUCUUGUUUCACCACGGUCGACUCGAGUCUAAAGCAGAACCCACUGAUGCUGCACAUGAGCUCUACAUGGCCGCAGUCACUGGACUGAAGGAGAUAUUGCACACCGAUAUUGCAACAGCACUCUUUUGUACAACAAUCCUGCGAGUCUAUCAAGAAUAUCAAGGACAGGCAGAAUUACAAAGCUCGUUGCAUCUCUCAGGUGCCGUUGCUCUACUACAUGCUGAUCGUAUGCGGCUCGAGACAACAGAUGCAGCCGUCUUUGCCAUCCUGCGACAAGAUCUUAGCAGUGCUCUAGCGCGUGGCUCACCAUUUGCGUUUCCCUGGCACCAGUACACUUCGCUCGGACCCGGUGCUCAGAGUGAUGCAGACCUGGCAAACGAUAUGUCUCUGCUGCUUGCCCAUCGGAUUGCAGCCAACACUCCAACGCAAGCAGUCAUGGUGGAUGAACGCAUUGCUAGCUGGCACCGGCGUCUGCCAAUCUCCUUCCAACCCAUCGAAAAGUGGAAGAGCGAAUAUGGACGAAUUGUCUAUCUCCAGUCUUGGCAUGCCAUAGCCAUGUCCACCUUCCAUGCUGCUCAGCUGUUGGCUCAGCCAGAAGAAUCACAUGCAUUGCACAUCAUCAGAACGGCACUCUACUCGUCGCAUUUGGGUGUCAAGGUCCAUCUAUGUGGCAUGAUGGCACUCUGCAAGCGACAUCUCUCACAGAGGCAUCAUGCCUACGUCGACCAGGUGAUUGCCUCGCUCGAGCAGGCCACCGGCUUCCAGGUCCAGAUGGGAUGACCAGCGAAGCUUCGUUCUCCGAAAAUCUCGGAUUUGAAAAUGUGGGGGCUGACAGCCUGACACACAGUUUCGCUUGUCACCGAGAAAAGAUAAAAGGGUGCCUCAUCCUCCCUCAUGUCUUGUCUAGUCAAUCAACUCUAACAUGAAUGCCAUUCGAACGCGCAAAGUCAAAGCUGUUGGCGACAUCUCUUCUGUGUUUGGAAGCCUCUCAG